AAUGCCAUGUUGUCCCACGUUCACACGAUUUCCAGGAUAAAUUUUAAGAGAAAAUCCUCCCCGUGUACGUGAUUUUCUACGUAAAGGAAAUCACUGAUCACACAGGAAAGUAUAGAUUUGCGCUUUUACGAAUAACAUAAAUAAAAACUGCCAAAUGAGCACAUCAUCAAGCCGUAAGCAGCGGCAUUUGCAUCGGGCCUUCGAGGAUGAUGUGGACGUCUGACGAUGGUCAUUGGCAGACCAAACGUGAUGGAUUUACUGAUUUCGAUGUACCGAGAAUCGGCCAUUCAUACAAUAUUCAAGAUCUUUACGCGCGAUUCACUAUAUAACACCCUUCUGCGAAUCACACCAUCAGUCUUCUCAAGAUCCCCGAACAUAGAACUACAAUAAAACGUCACAUUUAGCGACAAGGGACCACCGGCGCUCGAACAGAUAACGCAGGAAGAUACGCGUAUUCCGCGAUACCUCAUUAAAAUCAUGACGCGGGAGAGGCUCUUCGUCGUGCUACUUCUCGGUCUACUCGCGAUAGCUCUGAGUUUGCCCCAGCAGCCGAAAUCCAAGAGGCCUAAUCCAGCGUUCAAGCCACCUAAAACUGGCGGCUUGCUGCUCCCCGACAACGCAACGCUCAUUCGCGAGGACAUCGUCGACACGUUUUCGUGCCAGGACAGAAUUUAUGGCUAUUACGCCGACAUGGAUAACGAGUGCCAACUGUUUCACGUGUGCAUGCCGCAAGCGAGAGGCUCAAUUAGAUGGAGCUUCAUCUGCCCCUCUGAGACAGUUUUCAAUCAGGCGACAUUCGUGUGCACACGAACGGAAAGCUCGAUACCAUGCGAGGAAUCGGAAAAAUAUUACUCCCUAAACGAAGACAUCGGAAAGGAGGUAGAAGAGGAGGAGGAGGCGGAUCAGAACCGAGGAAAGAAAAACGCGACGAAGAUUUUGGAACCGGAGGUGGAAACGGUGUCGAAAAAGCCAUUCCCGAAAAAUUCGAGAUUGCUAAAUCGAGAGAAGUCGUUGCCUCAUUAAAAAGUUA